CGGGCCGGGCCCGGUGGGUGCGCGGUUCCUGCGGGUGCUCCCGCCGCUGGUCCCGAGGCUGUGCCUGCUCCUGGCGCUUGGCUGCAGCUCGGCGCGGGCUCCCGGGCGCGGAGCGGCGUCGCGGCCGCCGGUAGCGGAGCCCGGAAAGACGCAGUGUGGGCGCGGAGGCGGGCGCGGGUGCCCCGGGGCUGGCAGGGGGUGGCCCGGCCCGGCGGGUUCAAGAGUUUUCGUCCCUCGGCCCCUUCGUCCCCCGCCGCGCAGGGGGCGCGCAGAGAAAUAAAAUGCUCGGUAACACGCACGGAUAGUGUCCAUAGGCGAGGCGUCGGCAAAGAGGCGUGCUAAGCAUGGAGGGAGAUGAAGAGGAAGACUAUAUGUCUGAUUUAUUUAUUAAGCAGGAUGUAAGGCCAGGCUUGCCCAUGGUGAGGCGGGUGAAGGAAGCUCUUCAGAAAGAAGAAAAGCAAAAAGAAGCCAAUGAGAAAAACAGACAAAAAAGCAUAAAAGAAGAAGAAAAAGAGAGACGCGACUUGGUACUGAAAAGUGCCCUAGGCAACGAGAACAAAGGCUUUGCUUUGCUCCAGAAGAUGGGCUACAAGAGCGGCCAGGCCCUUGGCAAAAGUGGAGAAGGCAUUGUUGAACCUAUUCCUCUGAACAUAAAAACAGGCAGAAGUGGGCUUGGUCACGAGGAAUUAAAAAAGCGAAAAGCUGAAGAAAAACUGGAAAACUAUAGACAAAAACUCCAUAUGAAAAAACAAGCAAAUGAACAAGCUGCAGAUCAGUUCAGAAUAAGAUUCAAAACCAAACAAGAAGAACGCAAGAUGGAAGGGGACCUGAGAAAAAGCCAGAGGGCCUGCCAGCAAUUAGAUAUGCAAAAAGAUAUUGAUGUUCCCAAGGAGACUUGGUUUUGGAUAGAACCUGAAGAGGAAGACAAAAAGGAUGAGGAAGACAAGGAAGAUGAAUGCACAAGCUCAGACUUAAGUGUAUCAGAAAAGCUACACAUCCUGACGGCCUAUUUGAGAGAGGAGCACUUCUAUUGCAUUUGGUGUGGGACGACCUAUGAAGACUCUGAAGAUUUAUCUUCAAACUGUCCUGGAGACAGUGCUGCAGAUCAUGACUGAAGCCUAUCUAAAAGAAGGAGCCUUAGAUAAGUAUGUAUAAUUUAUAGUAUCUUUUAGAAGGCUUGGAGCUGUGCCAUACUCAAGAAUUCAUACCAAAAUAUGCAGAAGAAGAGUUUAAGUUGACAGGUUAAAUUCGUACUGAUGCACAGUUUAACAGGACUUAAAACUUGGUAUUUGUAAUUGAACUAAUGUAAUUGAGAGGUAGGUUAUGUCUUUCACAUCUUUGUUUAUGCCCUGCCCAAAUGAUAAUAAAAUUCAAGUUUGAGUAAAGAAAUAAAUAUUGGCUAGUCACUGUA